CGGCGGCAAGGUGGGCUGUCGUGCGAGGUCAGCGAGGACAGGUCGUCUGGGAGCACCUGAGGCUGUGCGAGGUGCCGGCAGGCUAUGACAUUUCUAGAGUAAGUAAUACUCUGGGGGCAUCUCCCGCUCGCUUAGCUGUGCCCGCCAGGCCAUGGAGCGUGAGGACGCCGACGGCGCUCUCGAUUCGUGGGCUCAAUUCUGCACUCUUUCCAACGAGCUUCUCGCCGGAGACGGUGAUCUCGCCGUCGGCCCACGCCUAGCUCCCGUCGUUGGUGACCUCUGCACACGCGGCCUCGCCACGCUCGUCCGCGACUACUUCCUCCACUCCCUCGAGGAAACAUUUCGAAACCAUGCAGUCAAGAAGUUCUGGCAGCACUUUCAUCCUUAUUGCAGUGCCUCAACCGUAGACAGAAUUAAGUUCUGUGUUAAGGAACAUUGGCCUGAAGAAAUCUUAAGUAAAGCACUGGAGGACAUAUGCUUGGAAAGGGGUUACCAGGAAAAAUGUGUUCUUGUUCUUGUCCAAGUUUUACAAUCAUAUGAGGAUAGGAUGCCACGAAAAAAAAUCAAAGAAGUGGUCUGUAGUUCCAGCUUAAUGCCUAGGUAUCAGUUAAUGGUAUCAUCAGUACUUCUGACAACACUGCCCUUGAGCUUUCCUGGCACCCUAUGUUGCCCUGAUACGGCGAUACGGAUAUGCGAUACGCCGAUACCCUGAUACACUAUUUCUCAAAAAACACUGAUACGGCGAUACACAAUAUAUAUUAUAAAUAAAAUUAAAUGCUGAAAAAAUGGACCACAGCUGACCAGUUCAAUUUAAGGGCAUCAAAAGUUAAUGUUCAACAACUUUGACUAAAGUAAACAUCUACCUCCUCUUCUAGAAUAUAUCUGAACUCAAAUCAACGAAUCCAGCAUGCCAGAACAUGUGUAAUGAUACACUAGACCAGCAGACUUGCAGAUAAUCACCAGUUCAUAACACGAGUUCACAACUAGUACAUAGAUAAUAAAGUUCGGGCCAUCAAGCCAUCAAACCUAGGAACUUCAGUCUUCAAGUUCUAACAGACCACAGACCAGACAACAACUAGAUUUCAUUAAGAAUCUUCGGCCAAAUCCAAGGCCCCAAGAUCUUCAAACAAUCUUUCUUCAAGUUCUGGCUCAUCAAGUGACAGAUCAGCUUGCUCAAGAAAAUCAGCAUCACCCUCAAAAUCAGCUUCGAAAGUGUCAGCUCCAACAUCCCACAUUGAACCACGGUGGUAUUCAUCAGAUUUUCUAGAAAGAAGAUGCAAUUUUUGGUGUGCGAAAACUAAAUCCUUAGCACCCCAGGAUUUAGCCUACAAUUUAAAGAAAGAUUGUACAUCUAAUCCUAACAUUGUCCCCAGACCCUUUCCAGUUCUUUCAAGUAUCUCAGCAUACCUCCACAAUGGCUUUUUUUCAUCAUCUGGAAAAACCACACGAGCAGCAGCCAAGACCUGCCCUGCGAUAGCAGGGUUAUUGACAACGGGAAAACUUCCUUCGCUGCCACUGGCCUCAGUAGAUGCAUUUAAAUUUGCUGCCAUGGGAUCUAACAAGACCAGAGAAUGGGAGCAGUAGCAGUAAGAGGCAGCAGAUUGAGAAGAAAGGAGGAGUUCGAGAAGCAAGAACAAGAAGGGAAGAACACGGCCACAGACCACGCGGUAUUGGCUUCAAUCCGUGAUUGACGAGCUGAUGGCCAUAGAUCGGCGGCGCGCGGCGCCCACAGAUCAGCGGCGGCGGCUCCAAUCGGCAGCGGCGGUUGGCGAUGCGCGAUACAGGAGGCGGGGAGGCUUUGGGCCUUUGGCUGACCGCUACAGGAGCACGGGCAACGUAGGGUUCCCAACAUAUCCCGCAGACAUAUUGAAUAUCUAUUUCAAGAAGAAGCUGGAAGAACUUAAUAGUAUUAUGGCUGGAUCUUAUGAGAGUGAUCAACUUGUGGAUCAUGAACCUUUUCAAAGGAGUAAUACAUCUGACUGGCAUUCUGGAAUGGACAUUGAUGGUUCUGAAGUUUCAGAAAAUAGCUCCUUGGUAAAGAACAUUGGCAAAGUUGUUCGUGAUCUUAGAUGUAUUGGUUUUACAUCGAUGACUGAAGAUGCUUAUUCCUCUGCAAUAAUCUGGCUUUUAAAGUCUAAGGUUUAUGAACUAGCUGGUGAUGAUUAUAGAGUGUCAGUCCUUUGGUGUGUGAAGAAGUGGAUUCAGGCUGUUCCUCUUCAGUUUCUGCAUGCUCUUUUAACAUAUCUCGGUGACUCUGUGGACCAUGGCAGUGGAUCUUCUGGUCUCAAAUCACCAUUAGCUUCACGCCCUUCUUCCUUCCCAGGGAUUGGUGUUCCUUCUGAAGCCCUUGUGAGAUGGCACAUGCGCCUUGAAUAUUUUGCUUAUGAAACCUUGCAGGACCUACGAAUUGGCAAACUUUUUGAAAUAAUUGUAGAUUACCCUGAGAGCUCUCCCGCUAUUGAAGACCUAAAGCUGUGUUUAGAGUACACGGGCCAACACUCUAAGCUUGUUGACUCAUUUAUCUCAUCGCUUCGAUAUCGUCUACUUACUGCUGGUGCAUCAACAAAUGAUAUAUUGCACCAAUAUGUGUCCACUAUAAAGGCAUUGCGGACAAUUGACCCCACCGGGGUGUUCUUGGAAGCAGUUGGUGAACCAAUUAGGGAUUAUCUGAGAGGUAGAAAAGACACUAUCAAAUGCAUAGUGACAAUGCUAACUGAUGGGUCAGGAGGAAGUGGAAGUGGAACAGGCAAUGCAGGUGACAAUCUUCUGGAAGAGUUGAACAGAGAUGCUGAAAACCAGGAAAAUGCUGAUUACGACGAUCAUGCAAACAUUGAUGAGAAACAAGCAUGGCUCAAUUCUGAAAGCUGGGAACCCGAUCCUGUAGAAGCAGACCCAUUGAAAGGCAACAGGAACAGAAGGAAGGUCGAUAUACUUGGACUAAUGGUUAGUAUAAUUGGCUCAAAGGACCAACUAGUCAAUGAAUACCGUGUAAUGCUGGCAGAAAAGCUGCUCAACAAAUCUGACUUUGAAAUUGAUUCAGACAUUCGCACAUUGGAACUCCUGAAGAUUCAUUUUGGUGAGAGCAGCAUGCAGAAGUGUGAGAUUAUGCUUAAUGACUUGAUUGACUCGAAGAGAACCAAUUCGAACAUUAAAACAUCUUUGCUGAAGUCAUCUCAAACUGUUCCUGGGCAAGAGGAGGCAGAAGUGUCUCAUGAUGUUUUGGAUGCCACUAUAAUAUCAUCUAAUUUUUGGCCACCAAUUCAGAUAGAAGACCUUGUUGUUCCUGCUUCAGUUGAUCAGUUGCUAUCGGAUUACGCAAAACGAUUUCACCAGAUAAAAACUCCACGAAAGCUAUUAUGGAAGAAAAAUCUUGGAACAGUUAAGUUAGAACUGCAAUUUGACGGAAGAAGCGUGCAAUUUACUGUAGCUCCUGUGCAUGCUGCAAUCAUAAUGCGGUUUCAAGAGAAAUCUAGUUGGACUUCAAAGGCACUUGCUACAGAAAUUGGCAUACCUAUGGAUUCUCUUAACAGAAGAAUAAGUUUCUGGACAAGCAAGGGGGUCCUGACUGAAUCAGCAGGACCAGAUGCCGAUGAUCGCACCUUCACUGUUGUCGAUAGCAUGUCUGAUGUCAACAAGGACAGUAUUGUGAAUGAACGCAUGGCAGAGUAUCAGAUGACUGAGGAGGAAGGUGAAAGCUCUGUGGCUUCAGUGGAGGAACAGCUUAAGAAAGAAAUGACAGUCUACGAGAAAUACAUCGUCGGAAUGCUAACAAAUUUUGGGAGUAUGUCGCUGGACAGGAUACAUAACACUCUAAAGAUGUUUUGUAUUGCCGAGCCAUCGUAUGACAAGUCGCUGCAGCAGCUGCAAAGUUUUCUUUCUGGUCUAGUAGCAGAUGAAAAGCUAGAAACGAGGGAUGGGCUGUACUUGCUAAAGAGGUAGCAGCCGUUUCUAUACUAGGAUAGUGGGUUGUUAGACUAGGGUUGUACACUUGUACUAUUUGCUAAUGAGUUGUUUAGACUAGAGAUGUCAGGUAAUCAGAUAUAACACACUUCAUUAUCAAAGCUAUGUUAUCGGGUUCAGAGGCAGCUUACAUAUCCUAUCUCACAUCCUCCUUUAUUUUAAACUUCAUUAUGUAAACAAUGACUAUGAAGGUGUUACUAUGGAGGUAUUUGAGAUGGCUCUAGGUUCUAGAUCCAGUA